ACAAAAUACGACCUUUUUGCUAGAAAGAAAGAAAGAAAGAAAGAAAAAAGACUCUCUCUCAAUUGAGGAGGAUUCUUCCUGCUAGAAGUACAGACCAGAGAGAUAAAAGAAAGAGGGGCUGGUUAUUUUCUGGGCAGCCAAAUGGCAGCAGCAGCAGCAGCCUCCACUUCCAUGGCGGCCACAGCCGUCUUAACUUCAAGAUUCCCGGUCCGCUGGACCACUAGCUGCUCUGCUUUCCCGUAUUUACCCCCACGCUUGUCCACUUCCACAGCUUUUUCCACCUCAUUCAAGAAACUUUCAGAAUCGAGGUCAACUCUGCUCCAAGUCAAAGCAUCAGAGGAGUCACCUGCUGUUGACACUACUGAGUUAUUAUCAGAUCUGAAAGAAAAGUGGGAUGCAGUUGAAAACAAGUCCACAGUAAUUGUUUAUGGAGGUGGGGCAAUUGUUGGAGUUUGGCUGGCUUCAAUUAUCAUUGGUGCAAUCAACUCAGUUCCUUUGCUCCCAAAGAUCCUGGAGUUGGUAGGGCUUGGUUAUACAGGAUGGUUUGUCUACCGCUACCUUCUAUUCAAGUCAAGUAGGAAAGAAUUGGCAGAAGAUAUUGAAUCUUUGAAGAAGAAGAUCGCUGGGACUGAAUAGAUCCAUGAGAUUGGCAGCCAAACUUGCCUUGCAUAAUUCCAGCAGCGGCUCAAAUUGGUUAAUAGAUUUUCUGUAUAAGAGGCAGUUGGUUUGAUUAUGUAGAAUAGAUGUUUCAUGUAUUGUAACACUGGCUUAUCUAUUAAUAAUGAUUCAGCAUUCAUUCUAGCUUGUAUAUUUCUUGUUCAGAGGUAUACUUAAACCUCUGCUUCUCAAUAUCUUCUUCAACCUGUCUGUAGAGUAUAUAGACCAAGCCUGCAGAUUAACAGCUUAUCAAAUGUACAUUUAUGGUUUAAUCUUGUUUGGAUUGUUGUU